CUUUAGUAAUUUUAUUGAGAGUUUGUGCAAAGGUAGAAGAAACAAUGGCUCGAUUAAGCCUCAUCGUAAUGAUCAUCGCCGUUGCAUUGGCAUGUGUAUUCGCAGAGGAAGAAUUAUAUUCGAAUCGAUAUGACGAUAUCAAUAUUCAUGAAAUUUUGGCGAACGAAAAAUUGCGAAUGCAAUAUUACAAAUGCCUUUUGGGCACUGCACCAUGCAAGACUGCAGAUGCAAAAUUCUUUGCUGGAAUCGUAAAUGAAGCUAUGCAAACGCAAUGCAGAAAAUGCUCCGAAAAACAAAAAGAACUUUUGAAUGUUUUAAGUGAUUGGUUUACAAAGAAUAGGCCCGAAGAAUGGGAAGCACUUGUUAAGAAGACUAUAGAGAACGUUCAAAAUAAAAAUGCUUAAAGGACUUGAUUUGCUGAUAACAAAUACGAAAAAAAAACUCUGACGAAGAUGAUGUCUUAUGAAAUGAUGAUUUAUGUAUAAAAUUAUGUAUAAAAUUAUUACAUAUGAAAACUAAUUCAGUAUACAAACUAUAUAAUGCUAUAUACUACAGUGUUUGGUAGAAUAAAAGCAUAAAAUAAAUUCAA